AUGAACUCAACCAAACGUCUGGACAGCCUGAGCGAAGCUUUCUUAAAAAACUUCAUCACAUUUGCCAUCGCUGUCAUCAUCAACUUCAUCAAUGGAACUUUUGUUUACACCUACAUUAGGAGCCAUGUCUUCCAGAGAGACCCAAGGUAUGUGCUGUACAUACAUUUGGUUAUCAAUGACAUGAUCAUGCUGACAAUUGCUGUGGCGCUGCAGAUCAUGACCUACACCAUUCCCCUGAAACUGGCUCCCUGCUGCAUUCUGCUCCUCAUCUUAGCCACUACAAACCAGAACAGCCCUCUGAACCUGGCUGGCAUGGCACUCGAGCGUUAUAUUGCUGUUUGCAAACCUCUUCAUCACGUCCAGAUCUGCACCGUGCAGCGGAUCUACGGUUUCAUCACACUGAUCUGGGCCGUCUCCCUCAUGCCCAGCGUCACAGAUGUCAUCUUCCUUGUUGCCACCCAGCCUCUUUCGAGCUUCUCAAGAAACGUCAUCUGUUACGAGUCCAACAUCUUCAGCACACCGUUCCACAAGACACACAGGGAAAUUGUCCAGGGUCUUCUGCUUUGCUUCGUCUUCCUUACUGUGCUCAUCACCUACAUAAAUGUCCUCUGCGCUGCCCGGGCGGCCUCAGGUUUGAACCAGGCCUCAGCCAGAAACGCACGUAACACCAUCCUGCUGCACGGAGUCCAGCUCCUCAUCUGCAUGUCCUCCUUCAUUGCUCCAUUCAUCAACAUCAUGUUAGUCACCGCUUGGCCCGAGAAACGCAGCACAAUUCUUUUCACCACCUACCUGAUUUCCGGUAUACUUCCACGUCUGCUCAGUCCGCUCAUAUACGGCAUCAGAGACAAGACGUUCAGCAGCCACAUCAGGAUGCUCUACUGCUGGAGCUGUUAUCCUGCAGAGAAGAGGGUGAACCCGAUGGGACCCCAGAGCAGGUCCAAAAAGACAAAAGAAAUCAUCCUGGACUUCAGGAAACACAGGACAGAUCCAUCUCCCCUCUACAAGCACGGCGACUGCGCGUUAAGGGUCCACACCUUCACCUUCCUGGGCACCGUGAUCUCUGAUAACCUUUCCUGGUCUGCAAACACCUCAACUGUCAUCAAGAAGGCACAGCACUGUCUGCACUUCCUGAGAGUGCUCAGGAAAAGUAACAUCCAUGUGAAGCUGCUGGUGACUUUCUACUGCUCUACCAUCGAGAGCAUCUUAGCCUACUGCAUCACUGUGUGGGUCUCCCACUGCACCGAGGCAGACAGAAAAAGGCUACAGAGAGUGGUCUAG